AUGCCGUCUCGAUUAAAGAGAAACCGCGUCGAUGUUACGAUUUCGAUCUCGUACCCGCCACGCGCGAUCGCACACGGCGCGGGCGAUUCGCGCGCUCAGGAAUCCUCAUCGAUCGGCAUUAAAUUCAUCCACGCCGUCCGCGCGAUUUCUUCCAGGCCGCAAAUUAACGUUAUUACACGCCGCGGUGUAAUAACGAUCCGAUCUCGGAGGCCGCGCUCCGGAUACGAUCUCGGAAUCGUGACCGACGGCCCUGUUUGCUUUGCGGUCGAAACUGGCGACGUGCGGACGAAAGUCUCAGCCUACAUCCGAUCGGCCGCGUGUGGUAUGCUGCGGUAUGCCGCGGUGUGCGCCGCCGUAAUUUCCCCGGGCCGUGCU